GUGAACGUUUACAGUCUCCAGAGCGAGACGACUGAAGAUAUUUACUUCUCAGUGUUGAGGAUGCACCUCAUGCCUAUUCAAUUGUAAGAGCUCGAUAGAGUGCACCAGCACAACCUAGCUUCACUUAUACAGAUAACUAAACUUUAUAAACACUUGAGGACCACUGUGAACAUCUUGAAGCGUUUAAGAUUUAUGGAUAGAGUAAAGAUUCUCACGGGGGAUCUGGAUGAUGUUUAACGACACUGAAUGAAGAUGAGGUUGACAUCGUUUCGGUGCAGUUAGUCCAUGAUGGAUCACCAUCACGAUCUGAAAUGUAAAAUAGUUGUGGUCGGGGACACUCAGUGUGGGAAAACGUCUUUGUUAAGUGUUUUUGCCAAGGACUCCUUUCCAGAGAACUAUGUUCCGACUGUGUUUGAGAACUACACAGCCAGUUUUGAGAUCGACGCGUUGAGAGUUGAGCUCAGCCUUUGGGACACUUCAGGAUCUCCAUACUAUGACAACGUGCGCCCCCUCUCUUACCAGGAUGCUGAUGCAGUUCUCAUCUGUUUUGACAUCAGUCGACCAGACACUCUUGACACUGUUUUAAGGAAGUGGAAGAGGGAAAUUGAGGAGUUCUGCCCCAAUACCAAAAUACUGUUGGUUGGAUGCAAGUCAGACCUGCGGACAGACCUGGCCACAUUUGUGCAGCUGUCCAAUGACAUACCUUUAUCUUACGACCAGGGGUCAAACAUGGCAAAGCAGAUCUCCGCCCCUUACAUCGAAUGCUCAGCACAGCAGUCUGAGAACAGUGUGAGGGACAUUUUCCAUAUAGCCACACUGGCUUGCGUCAAUAAAACAAAAAAGAAUGUCAAGCGCAUCAAGUCAAGCAGAGCCACCAAGAGGACCUCACACGUACCUAACAGGCCUGAGCUAAACUCAGUGUCAUGUCUACACAAGACCAAAACAAAAACCUGCAUGGUAAUGUGAUUUCAAAAGCCACAGAAAAGACUUGAGGCAAUUUCCGCUGCAUGCAUUCCUCCAAUCAGGAUUUUUCCUAAAAGUCCAUUGGAAAUAAAUGGGACAUGAGCUGAAGGGAGCUAAUUUGCACUUCACAAGCAUUCAUACUAAUUUCCAGCUGCAAUAUGUACCUCUGAACUAAGACAAGGACAUGUAUUAAUGGUAAUGAAGUCUAUUCUUCCCUGUUUAUGUAUGCAUUUAAAAAGCACUUCAGAAUAUUUUUGGCCAUUUUUAGUCAUCAUUAAAAAACUUAAAGCAAGGAAAACAUCCAUUGUCUCAUAUACUGCCUAAAACGGAGCACUCCAAAACAAGAAUCUGCUCUGGAUUUAGUUGUGAUUUAUAACAACACCCAAUUUAUGGAAAUAACACAUUUUAACACUUGAUCAGUGCUGUCCUGACUACACUAAAAACUUGUUAAAUAAUGUUGCAAAUAUACAUUGUAGGUAGAGUUUUGUAUUAUGAGAAAAAAAUAUGACAAAAUCAAUGAAGAAUAUACCUGGUCCAAACGCCUGAUUUGGUCACCUCAUGUCUAACAUUUCGCCAGCAACAACACAGCCUCAAAGCUAUUAUAAGAGCUCUUCUAUUUGUCUGUUUGUAUUUCUAUUUCUUCUAUCUAUUGUGAAUGAUUUAAGGAUGCAAAAUAUCAAGAAUCUAAACGAAGUAAUCUGGCUCAUUGUUCAGCAGGCUUUCACCCAGUUUCUUUGAAAUGCUCCGUUAUCAAGUCUAGCUUAUUUCUUAUUGAGUUUUUUCAAUGUAUUGGUGGAUCCCUUAUGAAACUGAAAUGGUAAAGUGCAUUUCAGAUAGAUAAUUCGUCAUUGUGACUGUGGAAUCCAUAGACUCUGCUGGGAUUUGGAGAAUUGUGGUUAAAAAUUCCAAUUGCGAUCAAAUGCAAAUGUCUACCAUGGUGUGACAUCACAAUGUGGAGGAGGUAAAGAACGAGUCAUUUUGGCAUCUUGGUUUGAACAACUGCUCUUUUUGCAUUGAGGAGCUCUGAAACUUAGUUUUUUUUUAGUACAAUUGUUUUAUAGUACUAAGAUCAAGGAAAAUUGUAUUCCUGAUGUCAUGAUCCCAUACAGUUUUUUUUUUUCUUUUUUAAUUGGAAUUUUUUUGUGAAUUUUUUGAAAAUUUGAACCAUUUGAGAAGUGGGAAACAGGAAUUGUAAGACCUUUGCUAAACUCUGUGUCAUG